AUGAGAAAAAUUGCUACAGUUCUAAUUCUUAUUUCUAUUGCUUUGUCCACAGUAAGUGCCACAAAGUGUGUAGAUGACAUUACAAGUUCUAUAAAAAACGGAACAGUUUGUUAAAAUAGUGAUACUGCAUGCUAGACUGCAUUAAAUACUUUCCUUACAUGUUUUACUAACUGUUACUAAACUACUAGCAAUGACUCUGCUUUUGAUAGUUGUGUAAAGAGCAAUUGUAGUAAUAUUACUAAUGAUACAGUUAAGGGUCUUUACAAUAAAAUGCUAGCCUGUUUUGAUAGUGUGCUUAUAUUCUCAGCUCUCUUUGUUUUAUUUGCCUUGUUAUUCUGA